AUGGUUAAUGUUAUCACCUCCCCACACGCCGAUGUGGUAAUUCCCAACGUGGACAUCUGGUCAUUCCUUUUCGAGAAUAGGGACCCGGCUACUUUCAAUGACAAGAAGGAAAUUUUCAUCGAUGGAGAUACUGGGCGCUCGUAUACUUUUGAUCAGCUCAAGCAGGCCACAAUCGAGUUUGGCAAGGGACUGAAGUCACAAUGGGGCUUCAAGAAGGGUGACGUGCUCGGCGUCUUUUCUCCAAACAGCAUUGACUACGGCGCCGUGAUUUGGGGCACGCUCUGGGCUGGAGGUGCCUGUUCAACGGCCAACCCGACCUACACAGUCAAGGAACUGGCUUUCCAGCUAAAGGACUCAAAUGUCUCGGGUGUCGCAACGCAGUUGCCUCUGCUCCCGGUAGUCUUGGAGGCAGCUAAGCAAAUCGGCCUGCCAGAGGAUCGUAUUAUCCUUCUCGGCGAUGCGAAAGAUCCCACUGGCAAGUUCAAACACUUCACCGAGCUGAAGGAUACAAGCUUGCUCGGACAAAGGAGGACGAAGGUCAAUCCUCAGAAGGAUCUCGCUUUCUUGGUGUAUAGUUCGGGCACGACUGGUCUCCCCAAGGGUGUUAUGCUCAAACACUCGAAUCUGGUCGCAAAUGUCAGUCAAACGGGCGCUGUUGAAGCCCGAAGUGGUCUACACCACCUGGGUGGUAGUGACGGCAAUGGAGACAAGCAACUAGCGAUCCUUCCUUUCUUUCACGUUUAUGGUCUCACCAACAUUCUCCACGCCACGAUGUCUGAUGGCCAUCAAGCUAUUGUCCUAGCGAAGUUUGAACUAGAGAGGUUCUGUCAGCUAGUCGAGAAGUACAGCAUCACAUUUGCUUACGUGCCGCCUCCGGUCAUCCUCGGACUGGCAAAACAUCCCAUUGUUGACAAAUAUGAUUUGUCAAGCUUGAAAUGGCUCAACUCUGGAGCGGCACCUCUAACACAUGAAUUGAUCAAUGGGCUUUGGGAGCGUCUGACGAUCCCCGUAAAGCAAGGCUACGGUCUUUCUGAGGUUUCGCCUGUGUCACACCUGCAGACAGUACUUGAAUGGGCAAGAUAUAAGGGCGCAGUCGGCAAGCUCAUCCCGAACAUGCAGUGCAGGAUUGUUGACUUGGAGGGCAAGGAUGUCCCAGAAGGACAGGAGGGAGAGAUCUGGCUCAAGGGGCCCAACGUGUUUGACGGCUACAUAAACCGACCUGAGUUGGCCAAAGAUACCUUCAGCCAAGACGGUUACUUCAAGACAGGAGAUAUCGGCUACCAAGACAACAAGGGCAACUUCUACAUCACGGAUCGUCUAAAGGAGCUCAUCAAAUACAAGGGCUUCCAAGUUCCGCCAGCUGAGCUCGAGGGUGUCCUCUUGGGACACGCUGAUAUCACAGAUGCAUGCGUUAUCCCCGUCUACGACCAGGAGCGCGCCACUGAGGUCCCGCGAGCGUACAUUGUGGUCUCUGCCGGCAUUGAGCGGACAGAUGAGAAGGCAAAGGAGAUUGUGGACUGGAUAGCCAGCAAAGUUGCCCCUCACAAGCAGCUCCGUGGCGGAGUGAGGUUUGUGGACGAAGUACCCAAGAACGCUAGCGGCAAACUGCUUAGGCGAGUGCUCAAGGAGCAGGCGAAGCAGGAGGAUCGAGCAGUUGGGCCGAAGCUCUAA